UGGCCACGAGGCCAGGUCCCCUGGAUUGCUGCACGGGGCGCGGGGGCAGGGCGACCCACGACGGACUCUUGGCAUCAGAUGAGAUGAAGCGCUUGGCGCAGGACGGGUACACAGUGGGUGCCUAAUCAGUGUUUGUUCUCCCGUGCUGCCCCGCCUUUCCGGGUGCUGCCCCGCCUUUCCGGGUGCUGAGGGCCUGGGCUGGCGUGGGCGGCGGCCGUGGGUACCGAGAGGCCUGCGCUCGCUGCCACGGCACGCUCCAUUAGAGUCCUUUCCACGUGGACGCGGCUCCCAGGGCUCCCACCUCCCCGGCUUCGCCCGGCGCAGGCGCAUUACAAAGACGGGCGGGGGAGGGACAGGCCCGGUACCACCAACGCGCCCAGGACUUCGCUUUUGGCCCUCUCCGGCCCCCGUACCAAGGGUGGUCCGAGGCUUCUUUAAGAAGGGGGCGGGCCUCGAAGGGAGGAAGCACGGCGGCCACGCGCAGCCAAAACAAUGGCGACGGCUGCGAAGCGGCAGAAGGUGGAGGGAGUCUCCGGAGGCGGAGACAAUCCUGUCCCGGCCUUCCUAAACUGGUGCCGCAGGGUCGGACUGGAGCUGAGUCCCAAGGUUUCCGUGAGCCGGGAAGGCACCGUGUCUGGCUACGGGAUGGUGGCCCUAGAGGACGUGCAGCGUGGGGAGCUGCUCUUCGUGGUGCCUCGGGCUGUGCUUCUUUCCCAAAAAAACACCACCAUCCGGGGCCUUCUGGAGAAAGAGCACGGGGCCCUGCAGAGCCAGUCGGGCUGGGUGCCCCUUCUCCUGGCUCUCCUCUACGAGUACCUGGCGGAGGACUCCCCCUGGAGAUGUUAUUUCUCCCUCUGGCCGGACCUGGGCAACCUGCAGCACCCCAUGUUCUGGUCUGAGGAAGAACGGAAACAGCUCCUACAAGGUACUGGUGUGCCUGAAGCUGUGGAAAAGGACAUAGCCAACAUCAGCCAUGAGUAUGGUACCAUUGUCCUGCCCUUCUUGGAAGCCCAUCCAGAGAUCUUUCCCCUCCAGGCCAGGUCUCUGGACCUCUACCGCCAACUUGUGGCGAUGGUCAUGGCCUACAGCUUUCAAGAGCCCCUUGAAGAAGAGGAUGAUGAAAAGGAACCCAAUCCCCCUAUGAUGGUACCAGCUGCUGACAUACUGAACCAUGUGGCCAACCACAAUGCCAAUCUGGAAUACUCUCCAGAAUAUUUAAGGAUGGUAGCUACCCAGCCAAUCCCCAAAGGCCAAGAGAUCUUUAACACCUAUGGUCAGAUGGCUAACUGGCAACUGAUCCACAUGUACGGCUUCGCUGAACCAUAUCCUGGGAACAAGGAUGACACAGCUGACAUUCAGAUGGCAACAGUACGUGCAGCAGCUCUGCAGGGAGCCACAACUGAGGCCGAGAGACGCCUAAUGUGUGAGCGCUGGGAUUUCUUAUGCCAGCUGGAGAUGGUGGGUGAGGAGGGGGCAUUUGUCAUUGGAAGAGAAGAGGUGCUUACUGAGGAGGAGCUGUCUGCUACACUCAAGGUGCUUUGCAUGCCAGCUAAGGAAUUCAGGGAACUUAAGGAACAAGAUGGCUGGGAGGAAGAUGAUGAGGAGGAGGACACCUUAACACUGACAAAUAAGACUAUCCCCAAACUUAAAGCUUCAUGGAAGAAACUCCUCCGAAACAGUGCUCUGCUGACCCUGCAGGCUUAUGCCACAGACUUGAAAAGUGACCAAGAACUACUUCACAACAAGGAGUCCAGGGCCAAACUCGCCUGGAGGGAAGAACAGGCCUUGCAGGUGCGCUACGGACAGAAGAGGAUCUUGCACCAGUUGUUAGAACUGACCGGCGCCUAGCCUCUGGCCUGAUUGCAUGCUCUUCCCUUCCCUUCUCUAACCAGGGAAGCAGAUGAGGAAAAUUGGCUUCUUGUGCACUUAUUGGGGUCUGCUGGGUCCACCUUUCAAAGUCUGGACUUGCACUGUCUGUUCUUUGGUUAACUUUAUAUUUGUGCUUAUAUAAAAUUCCUUAGUUCAUGUAA